AUUAACGUGUCAUUAUGCACUAAUCGUUUUCACGGGUGACAAAGAUGUCCGAAAAAAGAACGUAUAUAAAACGUCAUACACAUGGUACUGCUUCCACUCAAUUCGAGGACAGUGGCCGACUAGAAGACCAAAUCGUUAAGGAUCUUCAGAAUGGUGUUCCAAAACGCCCCAUUUCUAUUCUUGGCAGCAAUGUCCUUAGGCAUUACUUGCCAUGCACUUUGUCCCGUUCGUCUUCCUCAGGACGAACCCUGGUGGUCCCCAUGCAAAGGACUUCGCCAUCACUCUUUAAACGUCAAACGUGGAAUAUAUGGCAUUAGACGUGCCACCCCACAAAUGCCAUACAACCGACUCAACAUGAACGCUCCACACUAUCUUUUGUUCUUGGCAACCAAUCCUUUCUUAGCAGCGCACUCUGUAUUGUGGAUAAAGAACGGAAUCCUUUUCAAGGCCGCAGAGACUGCCUAUCUAUUGGGCAAUGGCUUCAAGAGUCAAGACAUGACAAUGAAGGAGUAUGCUGAUCUAAGGAGAUUCUACAGAAACCAUGCUUCAUCGCCACUUAACCUGAUCAGAGGAUACAUGAGGCGCCCAUCCACUUCUCAACCGUUCCAGUCAGAUUUUAACAAAUGGAUCUCAGACCAUUUCUUCGCUGAGCARAGAUUGAGUGGWGUUAAUCCAAUGACCAUCCAGAAAGUAACAUUUUCCAAUACAAUCGGGCUACAUUAUAGCACACUCAAACAACUUUUGAACCCCAAUUUUAACUUGGUUAAAGCUGUGAAUAAAGUUCUGGGUCAAGUCAAUGAUCAAUCCUCGCUUACAAAGGUUAUCAAGGAUGGCCAUUUGUUUGUCCUUUACGAACCACUAAMCUCUGACGUAGAAUCGUCACGUGACCUGACUAAUAGAAACCCAAAGAGAAAGAUGUGGAGCUUCAAAGCGCCGAUUGCACUUUUCGUAUCUAGGCCAGAAAACGGAGCACUGACACCAGUUGCCAUUCAGAUGGAUGAUGGAAGAGAAUCGGCAGUUUACACUCCACAAGAUGGUGAUAACUGGAUGCUUGCUAAACUUAACGUUCAACUGGCAGACUUUAGUACGAGUCAAAUCGUCGAACAUCUCUGUAAAGUUCACUUUACUAUUGAAGCAGUUUGUUUGGCUGUUGAGAGACAGCUAUCUGAGAGACAUCCAUUGUACGACUUCAUGCGUUUCCACUGUAGAGGUAUCUUCACUGCCAAUACUUUAGGAGGACCAACUCUCUUGAACGAUAAGAAUGAUCUGGAUCAUAUUUUGGAAUUUGGAAAUGAGGGCGCUAAUCACUUGUCAAAAAAAGCAGCCAAGCUUAUCAACUGGCACGAUUUGGACUUGAAGAACAACAUAAAGAGAAGAGGUGUGGACGACAAAAAUCGCCUUCCUUAUUACCCGUACAGAGAUGAUGGCCUUGUGAUAUACGGCGUUCUAAAUGGGAUGGUUAGAGACUACGUAAAUACAUUUUAUCGAAGUAACAGACGCCUCAAGCGAGAUGCAGAGCUGCAACGGUUCGCCAGAGAAAUUUCCAAAGAAGGACACGGAUCGCUUCGUGGAUUUCCUGUACGUUUCACUAGCAAAGCCACCUUGAUCGAGACGUUCACUCGCAUCCUUUGGAUAAUGACUGGUCAACACUCCGCCAUUAACUACCCUCAGGCAGACUAUGCCUCUUACAUMCCAAACAUACCCACCAAACUGUACGAUGUCGAAGGUGUGGCUAAGAAUAAAUUCACUAUCAAACGACUGAACAACCGUCAAGCCGCAGCGAAACAUUUAUUCCUGGUCUCCGCCCUCUCUUCCUUCCGCAUGGAUCGUCUCUUUGAUUAUGGCCGUCACUUGAGAACCCGAGGAGGAAGGCAUAUUGUAAAAUACUACAAACACAAGCUGGAGAGGGACAUUGAGUCAAAAUUGCUCAAGAGAAACAAAAAGCGACUGGAACAAGGCCAUCUGACCUAUCCUUACUUUCAGCCAAGAUGGCUGACCAAUGGGAUACAAGCAUAAGUUAAUUAUUCAUCCGAACAUGGUUAACUAUGAUCUGAUGAUGUAGGAAUUUAAGGAUUUUAAUGGCAAUGAGUAAAGUAAUACUGAAAUGUGAAUGCAAGCAUAACGACUUGGCGUGAAUUAUAAAAAAUAAUUACUGGAUUAGAUCGGAAAUGAACUUCGAAACUAGCUUGAGUGGAUAUGAUUGCAUUUUCUUUUCAGUAACUAAAAUCGAAUAUAUUCKAGUUAUAAUCUAAAGAUAAUAAUAAUGUGAGUCAGUUGAAAAAUCAUAAAUAAAAAACAUUGAGCACUAAA